UUUAUUUGAUCAGGUCAGGUAUUCGGGUUCGGCACCUGUCGUCCUCUCGCUCUCGCCGCCUAGAGGACAGCCGUCUGUGUACCGACCCAGAGCCGCUACAAACACAUCAAUUUCUUUGUCUUUCUAUCUUUUUUUUUUUUACCCAAUUGCCAUCUUGCAAUGACGACCUCCGUUCUACCAUCUCCAACUCCUCUCACCGUCAAUUGCUUCGCUCAGCCUGAUGUUUCUGCGUUUCACUCCAACAAACCUGAGAGGGUUUACAUGCAAUUUCAACCACUCAGGAGACGAAUUAAAGCUGCUGCUUCAGGUCAAAUGGGGCUUGGCUUGCAAUUACAACCCACUUAUGGGAAAGGACUUGCCAUGAGUUCUAGUCGGAUAAAGUCUUCUUCUGUAAUAUGUGCUUUUGCUUCUAAUGCAAGAUGCAGCCAGAGCCAAGGACAAACUCAGACUGUUACUCGGGAGUCGCCAACAAUAACUCAAGCUCCUGUUCAUUCAAAGGAGAAGUCACCAGAGCUUGAUGAUGGAGGAACCGGAUUCCCACCACGAGAUGAUGGAGAUGGUGGGGGAAUUGUAGGUGGGACGGAGAGGCUUUGA